AUCUCCAUGGAAUCCUUUUUCAAAAAGCACUUCAGGAGGAAGAUUGCAUCAUCAGGGCCCCAGCGCACCAGUGUGGUGGCCUUGCCUGCGAGCAGAGCCAGGCGGCGUUCUGUGGUAGGUCAGCCCUCUACCAUACUUGUGGAACGCCGGCGCAGAUCCAGUUGUCAACUUCAAGAGAUGUCUUGCUUGGGCUUCCCAAGCAAACGUAGGUUGUGUUCCCGGAGGCGAUCUAGUACCACCACCCCUCGCAUGAGCCCUAGAUUUUCUGUCCAGAAGAAGCGUGGGGGCCAUGUGCACACCAUAGAUACCCAUCUCAUAGGGCCCUCUUUGCUGCUAGCCAGUCUCAUCCAAGUGUACAAGGAAGAAGAAAGGAGACAGUCCCAUUGUACUGAAAGCUCCAGCUCAGGGUCCCCUAAAGAUGGGGUGGUGGACAGUGACUGGAGUGAGGAAGCGCUCUCCUCAGGAUCUGAAGGAGCAGAGUUUGAAAAGAAGGAACUGCAGACUGAGUGCUCACUAUACACCAUUCCCCCAAUCCAACGUCUUCCUGAUUUAAGGCCUUUCCUACGAGACCCUUAUUACCUGCGCCGCAGAUCCUCCCACCUCCUUCCUGCAGAAUUUGUGCACAGCAGAGCAGCCUACGGGCUUCAAGGCCGCUACAGAUACUUCAACCAGCGGCGAAAAGCCAUCGCCAAGUCGGGUCUCCAGCACAUGGUAGCCCAGCCAAACCCCACAUUUGCCUUAAGAAGUGACUCAGAGAGGGAGAUUCGUAACUCUGUUGACUGGAAUGAGACUGCAGUUUAUGGGGAGCACAUCUGGUUUGAAACCAAUGUCUCUGGGGACUUCUGCUAUGUCGGGGAACAAAACUGUGUGUCAAAAAUGCUGCAAAAACCUAUGUCCAAGCGCAAAUGUGCAGCCUGCAAAAUUGUAGUCCACACACCCUGCAUAGAACAAUUAGAAAAAAUUAAUUUCCGAUGCAAGCCUUCCUUUCGAGAAUCUGGAUCAAGGAAUAUCCGGGAGCCUACUAUUGUGCGGCAUCAUUGGGUACACCGGAGACGCCAGGAAGGAAAAUGUCGACAAUGUGGAAAGGGUUUCCAGCAGAAAUUUGCCUUCCACAGCAAGGAAAUUGUAGCCAUCAGCUGUUCCUGGUGUAAGCAGGCAUAUCACAGUAAAGUUUCAUGCUUCAUGCUGCAGCACAUUGAAGAGCCCUGUUCAUUGGGGGCACAUGCUGCUGUUGUCAUCCCUCCCACCUGGAUUUUGCGUGUCCGGCAUCCCCAAAACCCUCUGAAGUCAAGUAAGAAGAAGAAAAGGACUUCCUUCAAACGAAAAUCCAGCAAGAAGGGGCCUGAGGAAGGAAGAUGGAAACCCUUUGUUAUCAAGCCCAUUCCAGCACCUCUCAUGAAGCCUCUGCUUGUGUUUGUGAACCCCAAGAGUGGUGGGAAUCAGGGAACAAAGAUAUUCCAGUCUUUUAUGUGGUACCUCAACCCUCGGCAAGUUUUUGAUCUCAGCCAGGGAGGUCCCAAAGAAGCGUUGGAGUUGUAUCGUAAAGUGCACAACUUACGGAUUCUGGCAUGUGGAGGAGAUGGUACAGUGGGAUGGAUCCUGUCAAUUUUGGACCAGUUACGCCUGAAUCCUCCACCUCCUGUGGCCAUUCUGCCUUUGGGGACAGGAAAUGACCUAGCAAGAACACUGAACUGGGGCGGGGGAUAUACCGAUGAACCGUUGUCAAAAAUCCUGUCUCAUGUAGAAGAGGGGGAAAUUGUGCAACUUGAUCGCUGGAAUCUACAGGUGGAGCCCAAACCUGAGGUAAAUCCAGAAGAGAAGGAUGAAACAGCCACAGAUAAGCUCCCUCUUGAUGUCUUCAACAAUUACUUCAGCCUUGGUUUUGAUGCUCGAGUGACACUGGAAUUCCACGAAUCUCGAGAGGCCAAUCCAGAGAAAUUUAACAGUCGAUUUAGGAAUAAAAUGUUCUAUGCUGGGACAGCAUUCUCCGAUUUUCUCAUGGGGAGCUCUAAAGACUUAGCAAAACACAUCAAAGUGGUGUGUGAUGGAACAGAUCUGACUCCCAAGAUCCAAGAUCUUAAGCCUCAAUGCCUCGUCUUCCUAAACAUUCCAAGGUACUGUGCAGGCACAAUGCCUUGGGGCAACCCUGGAGAGCACCAUGACUUUGAACCCCAACGCCAUGAUGAUGGCUGCCUUGAAGUCAUUGGCUUCACCAUGACCUCGCUGGCAGCACUGCAAGUGGGUGGCCAUGGAGAGCGGCUGCACCAGUGCCGGGAAGUGGUACUUACCACAUCCAAAGCCAUCCCCAUGCAAGUGGAUGGGGAACCUUGCAAGCUGGGAGCUUCCUGCAUACGCAUUUCAUUGCGCAACCAAGCAAACAUGGUGCAGAAGACCAAGAGGAGAAACUCCAUGCCUCUUUUGAAUGAUCAGCAACCAGUUCCAGAACGGUUAAGAAUCCGUGUAAGCCGAAUUGGCAUGCAUGACUAUGAGGCACUUCAUUACGACAAGGAGAAACUCAAAGAAGCCUCCGUGCCUUUAGGAAUUAUCGUGGUUCCAGGAGACAGUGAUUUGGAAUUAUGCCGGAGCCACAUUGAAAGGCUUCAAGAGGACUUCUCUUCUUGUACUUCCACUAUUCAGAAUCUGUUUCCUCAGGAGGGAGAUGGAGUCAAACCAAAGACAUUGUCAUGCCAGAAGCUCUCCCCCAAAUGGUGCUUCCUAGACUCAACCACCGCAGAUCGUUUUUAUAGAAUAGACCGUGCCCAGGAACAUCUUAAUUAUGUAACAGAGAUCACCCAGGAUGAGUUGUUUGUGUUAGACCCAGAACUAGUGCGCACUCAAACAGUGGGCACAUCUCCUGCCAUGCCUGACCUUGUUGAUGUUCCCUCAACACCUACAAAGCAACACCUUCCUCUCCCAAUUUCACCACCGUCUACACCAGUCUCCAGCUCAGCAGUGGACGGCAGCCAGACCCUUAAAGAUGAUGCUUUGAUAGACGCUGCCAAGAAUAACAAUUUUUCCAAGUUCAAAGAAUUGCACCAGGCUGGCAAAGACUUGAUGAUGCGUGAUCCCACAGGCCAAACUGCCCUUCACCAUGCUGUCAAAUCAGGGAGUAAGGAGAUUGUGAAAUACAUAAUUGAAAAUGCUCCUGCAGAGAUUUUGGAUGUGGCAGAAGAAGAGAAUGGUGAGACCAGUUUGCAUCAGGCUGCAGCACUUCGCCAGCGGACCAUCUGCCAUUACAUAGUGGAGGCUGGAGCUUCACUGAUGAAAACAGAUUUGCAGGGAGACACACCCAAGCACAGAGCUGAGAAGGCAAACGAUCCCGACCUGGCUGCCUACCUCGAAAAUCGACAGCACUAUCAGAUGAUCCAGCGGGAGGACCAGGAAACCGCCGUGUAGCACUCGGCAUGCCUUCAUCCUUUCCUGGGGGCAGAAACCGAGCAGCACGGGAACCUGGCUAGCCUUUUCUUGAAGGUCCAUCACACAGAGGAUCCAGAGCUUUUUGUCUGGGCUUGGCCACGGUGCUGUUAUUUAUUCAUGUAGUGGGUGUUGAACAAUGCUGACUGCCGCAUCCCCCACCAACCACCACAUUCCAUGGAUGGAUACUGCUGCCUGAUAUUUCAUUCCUGUCUGCUUCCAAGUUUUCUUGACCCUCAUUGUUGCUGCUCUCAAAGCAGGAAAAAUACUCCCUUCUAGCUAUUGGUGGAGCUCCAGUUCAGAUAUCUGCCCCCUCCCCCCACGCCACCCUUAUGCAACCUUGUGUCAUCUCCCUAAAGGCAGCGUCUGCAACCCUUUUAGAUCUUCUGAAGCUUCAUCCCACCGAUUCUGCUGAUUCCCAGCAGUGGGUAUUGUCGUUCUCAGUAGUUUCAACGGUAGCAAUGCCCAUGGUCUUGGUAUAUUCUAUACUGGAAAUUUGCUAGCACAAUUUUUGAGGAGGCAUGCAGAAAAGACCCCCCGUUUAUUUACUAUAGUCCUUUCUUGUUAUUCAGGCACUGAAUUCAAUUACUUGUGUAAACUCUGGGUGACAGUCACAUUGGCAAGCAAUCCAAGUAUCCAAAGCAAGCUAUGGGCUUGGUUUGCAUCCUCUCAGCACAAUAUAUCCCUCU